UUUUGGUUUAGGAAGCAUUGAGAAGACUGACUCCGAUCUGUCAUACAUUCCGCAAGAUCAGCACCCCAGGAUAUCCACACAGUCUCAACAGUAACUGUUGCUAGUAUGCCUCGCAUUGAGAAUGACAUCAAACUGGACUUCAAGGACGUGUUGCUUCGUCCUAAGCGAAGCACUCUCAAGUCACGUAGUGAGGUGGACCUGAUGAGGAGCUACACCUUCAGGAACUCCGGAGGAAGCUACAGAGGUAUCCCUAUUGUCGCGGCCAACAUGGACACCGUUGGGACCUUCCAGAUGGCUCUGGUCUUGAAUCAGUUCACUCUCUUCACCACCAUUCACAAGCAUUACUCUGUGGAUGACUGGAAGGAGUUUGCAGCGCAGCAUCCAGACUGUGUACAGAGUGUGGCUGUCAGCACAGGGACUGGGGAGGGAGACUUUGACAGGCUGGGUUCCAUCCUAGCUGCCGUGCCUAAACUGCAGUUCAUCUGCGUCGACGUCGCCAACGGCUACUCAGAGCACUUUGUCCACUUUGUCAAAGACGUGAGGGGGAAAUACCCAUCGCACACCAUCAUGGCAGGCAACGUGGUUACCGGGGAGAUGGUGGAGGAGUUGAUUCUGGCUGGCGCUGACAUCAUCAAAGUAGGCAUCGGACCAGGGUCCGUGUGUACCACUCGUAAGAAGACUGGGGUGGGAUACCCGCAGCUCAGCGCUGUGAUUGAGUGUGCAGAUGCAGCUCACGGUCUCGGUGGACACAUCAUCUCUGAUGGUGGAUGCACUUGUCCAGGAGAUGUCUCUAAGGCCUUUGGUGCCGGGGCUGACUUUGUGAUGCUGGGUGGAAUGUUGGCGGGCCACGAGGAGAGCGGUGGCGAGGUCAUCGAGAAGAACGGGAAGAAGUACAAGCUGUUCUACGGCAUGAGCUCCGACACAGCCAUGAAGAAACACGCGGGGGGCGUGGCCGAGUACAGGGCGUCAGAGGGGAAGACGGUAGAGGUCCCCUACAAAGGCCCCGUUGACGUCACCAUACGAGAUGUGCUGGGUGGGGUUCGAUCCACCUGCACCUAUGUGGGGGCAGCAAAGCUGAAGGAGCUGAGCCGCAGGACCACCUUCAUCAGGGUCACCCAGCAGCUGAACACCGUCUUCGGCAAUGACAGCUAGGCGAGGCCCAGGCUGGACCGGGGCCUAACAGCACUGGAGGGGGGUUCAUGCUGCCUGACCACUCUUUUGCUUUCUCUUAUCUCUUUUUGUCACAUGGAUGUUGUCUAUGUAUGACACCCACACGUUUCCACUUCUUGUACUUCACCAGACAGCGUAAAGUCUUACCUUUUUAACCACGUGAACCAAUGCAUAAUUCAGGAGCAUUUUAGGAAUACUACUGUAUAUCUGACUUGAGGGUUUUAGAAGGUUUUCUAAGUCUAAUGUUGCUUAUUCAUUCCCAUUGAACUCCAGAGGCCUUAUGUACAGGUCUCUCGGUUGAGAGGUAGCCUGACAUCUUCUGCAGUUGCUCUUAAGCUGUUUAAUAUAAGCUCUUCUUGUUAUUUUGCCAUCUCAUCUAUGCACUCUCAUUUCUUACCGCCAAGCUGGAAGGAAAUUUCCUGUUUGCAGUACAUGCUCAAGUUAAUGAUGACCUUUCUUGCAAACUGUUAUCAAAAAGUCUAAUUUAUUUGCUGUUUGCUGUAAUUUUUUAAAAUUUCAGUCAAAAUACUGACUUUAAAUGGCAAAUUUGAAUGACAGGAAAUACAAUUCACUACAUGGCACUUAUAUGUGAAUUUAAAUAGUUUUAGAAAAUAUAUUCAUAUAUACAGUAUAUAAAUAUAUAUAUAUAUAUAUAUUCAGAGAUAUACAGUAGUAAAAUGUCUAGAGCCUUAUGGUGUGACAAACAACAGACUUCUACUUCACAGUUUUUACAAAUGGCCAAAGCAUGUUCGGACAUCAAAAUGUCUUUCAAUGGCAAAGAUAUACAGUAUUGAGUUUUACCUAUGGUUAGGUUCCAUUCCAUCAUUUUAGAUCCCUCUUGCAAAGUAUUACUCUGUAUGUGUUACGUUACAGUUGUUAUCUCUUAUGUAUUUCGUUUGUCUAUGCAUCAUAUUACGUUUUAAUAUGACUGAAUAUGAUCUUUCCAUGAUGGCAGUUACUGUUAGUUGUUUUAAUAUCUAAAAGCAUAAUUUGCUGUUAGUAUAUUUAGCCUCUAGCUCAACAUUAUAUACCAUAAGUCUUAUCUACUCUUGACCAAUAAAAAAGCAUUCCAUCUA